AUGGGCUUCGAGAACAAACGCAUCGCCAUCGUGGGCGGCGGCCUCGGUGGCAUGUCAUUCCUGAAUGCCGCGCUAUAUGCCGGUCUGAAGAACAUCCAGCUCUACGAACAGGCACCACAGUUCGCCGAAGUCGGCGCGGGCGUGAAUAUCACCUCCAAUGCCAACAGAAUUCUCGACGCCUUCGGGUUGCAGGAGAGCAUGACGCGGAAGUCGUCACGCAAGUUGCCCUGUUACAUGGAGUAUCACAAUUACAAGACUGGCGAAUAUCUGGGUCACAUUGAGGAGUUCUCGCAACCGCCUGCUCGUCUGUUACACCGUGCGCAUCUACUGGACUCGCUAAAGGAGCGCGUGCCAGAGUCCUGCUUGAAUCUGGGCAAGCAUCUCGCGUCGAUUGAGCGGAAUACUGCUGCUGGGGCUGCACCGUACACUCUCCGUUUCCAGGAUGGCAGCUCGGCAGAUGCGGAUAUCGUUAUUGGUUGCGAUGGGAUUAAGUCGAAUGUGCGUCGGGAUAUGGGACUGGCUGAUUCCCCCAAUUACUCUGGCCAGGUAGUGUACCGCGGCUUCGUCGACUAUAAGGAUCUGCCCGAGGAGACAGCACAACUGCUUCGGAAAACUGUCAACUUCCGUGGUCCUAAGCGUCACGUCUUGAUUUUGCCCAUUGGCAACCAGGAGACUGGCACUGAUCGCGCGGCUGUCAUUGGGUUUAUGUCGGAGACGCUUGAUGCCUGGGACUCGGAGAGCUGGAUGUCACGAUCUGAGAUCUCGAGCUUGCAAGAGCAUGUGCGCGACUGGUGCCCGCAGGUACAGGAUAUAAUUGAGGGUCUGCGCAAGGGUUCCCCCGAUGGCCGCAUGCUGAAACAGGCGCUAUAUGUGCGUGAUCCUUUGGACAAGUGGUACGAGAUGAAGGAGGGUCAGAAGGACUCGGGUAUCAUUUUGCUGGGUGAUUCUGCCCAUUCUACUCUUCCCCAUCAAGGUCAAGGCACUUGUAUGGCUAUUGAGUCGGGAAUCGCUCUUGCAACUAUUCUGCGUCACUGGAAGACUGAUGAUCUGGAGUCUGCAUUCCAGUUCUACCAGAACCUGCGCAAGCCCCGGACAGACCGGGUCACACAGACCAGCUACGAAGCUGGCAAGUUGGCUAGCUCUGAUUCACCAGACGGGAUGACUAACAACUUCAACCCCGAUGCACUGUCUGAGCGGAUGAAGUGGAUUAUGGAGUAUAAUGUUCUCGACGACUUGCGAGCCAAGGGGGCUGAUGUCUUGGAUUUCCAUGACUCCCGGCUGUGA